AUGUACGACGACGACGACGAUGAGGAUGAGGAUGAUCUUGAAGGCCUAGAACAAGUCAUCUCAAGUGACAUGGUAGCUACUUACUGGCUACCUCUGGUCGUGGCACUCUACAGCAGCAUCUCUGCCCAUGGUCCUAUGGCUGGCCUUGUUCGCGGCCCGUUCGCCCAUCACCGCUCGCUCCUGUUCGCAGCCCAGUCCACAGUCCACAGUCGGACCCCCGUUGAGAUGCAGCACCCCGUCGUGACUUGCUGA